AUGCAUAUUUGCAGGAAAGCAUUACAAAUUUUAUCAGAGCAUGAAAAAGCAAUGAAAAAUCUUGGGCCUCCACUUAGAGUAGGAAAUAUUGAUCUUGAUGAUCGAGAACGAAAUUAUGUUGGUUCUUCAAAAUCCGAACUGCGUAUUCCGAUUUCUGGGCAAUUAGAUGGUGGAUUCAUUGAAGUGCGUGCGCAAAAACAAUUACCAGCUGAUGAUUUUAUCACAUCUCAAGUGGAGCUUGAACUCAACAAAAAUAAUAUGAAAAUAAUUAUUUAUGAUGAUGGAGAUUGGAUAUAA